AUGCGGGCGGCGGCUCCGGCCCCGGCUGGUGGCUCCGCUGCCGCCGCCGCCCGCCCUCCGCGGGGUCCCCGGGGCCGCCGCCGGGUGCGGCCGUCCUUCGUGGACGAGUCGCUGUUCGGCCGCCCCGCGGGGGCCCGCCCGCCGCCGCCCGCCUUCCCGCCGCCCUGGGCGGCUCCGGCGGCUCCCUCAGCCGGCGGCUCCCGGCCCGGGAGUCAGUGCAGGUCCCGAAGCCACGCUCCGUCCUUCUGUGAUGAGUCCCUGUUUGGUGCCAAGCCUCAGGGUGCUGCCUGGGCAGCUCCGCGCAUGAGGAAAGAAGAUGUAGCCAAGCUGCAUUCGCUGCUCUGGAGCCCCCCGCCUGCCCCCCGAAACCAGCCUGGCCUUUCCCCGCACUGCAGGGGGACUCCCCUGCGAGCCGUCCACCCGCCGGCCUCCGCGCCUCCGACCCCCUCUGAGCCCGGCCACCAGGAGAAGUUGUGUGGCUGGAGGCAUUCCAGGAGCGAUGCUUGCUCCACAGGCUGGGCUGCUCCUGGCAGAGGACGUUCCCAGUCUGUCAGCCGGCUGAGCACAGCCCCGGACGGGAUUCGCCUGUCUUCCAACCUCGGCACAGAAAGGUGGAAGAACCAGAGCGCUCCAACGACCCCGGCUGCCCCCCAGGGCCCUCUGGUGAGGGGUCGGUCCAACAGCGUGUCCGGAUCUCCUGUGCUCAAGAGUGCCAAGGCAGCAGGUGGCUGCAAAGCCAGACCCCCCUGGAAGUGAUGCCAAGCGUCUCUCUGGAUGCACAUUCAGCCUUAGUCUACAUGAGGCCUCCCUGUGAUCAAGCCCACGAGGACCCUGGGCUUUUCUGUGGCUGGAAGGGAAGGAUGGGGCUGUUCCAUGCUGGAAGACAAUCCAGGAACCAGAGGUGACCACAGUGCUGGGAGCAGUGACCUCCUUCUUCAGGGCACAACCCCAUGGCACCAGAGCAGGAUAGCCUUGGUGGGAGCAGCUGCUUCCCGUGAUGUCCAGUGGCUGUCAGAGGAGGUUCCUGCUGUCUGGGAAAUCCAGCUGGGAGGUUGGAGCAGCAGGAGACAGGAGUGCCCACAGUGCAGUCCAGGGCCUGUCCAGGCACAGGUGCUGAGAGGCUGCUCUGAGGCACCCCAAGAGGUUCCCUUCUCCAGGAAGUGACCUUCUGCCUCUGUGCACAGGAUGUGUCUUGGUGUCUCCCUGCUGUCCUUGCUUUGUGUCACCAACACCUGAUGGACUCCUCUGACAAAGCAGGACGAGGGAGGAUGAGCACAGAGGUGAGGAAAGCAUUGCCCUGCAUCCUGCUGGCAGUGGGAUGGUCCCACACUGGAUGGGGGUUGUGACAAAGAAGGAUCCACGCAGGGAUUUUGGCAGCUCGUGGUGAUGAGGAGGUGCUGAGUAGAUCCAUAAUGGUGUGGCUUGGUGCCGAGGCUUGUGAGGUGCUCACAGCAGUGCCAGGGUGUCACCAAGUCAGCGCUCUUGAGACAAAUCUGGGAUCUGUGGGAUGCUGCUGAGUGAUCUGGGCACCUCCAAAGCUCUUCCCCUUCCUUUGCUGAGGUGGGAAUGAGCAGCUCUGUCUGUAUGGAGGUGGAUAAAGGACAUGGGGUGGGUGACUUGGGGUUUGCAGUCACUGCUCCCUGGGGAGGGAGGCUGUGGUGAGGAGCUGCUGAGGUUUGCUGGCACUUUGGUAACUCCCAUGCCAAGGGAAACACUCAAAUUCACCCAAGGACACACCAAGCCAGGUUAAGAGCAUCAUUCUGCCCUCAGAAAAGAUUUUAUUUCACCUUGAGCAGCAGCAGGAUAGGGCCGUGACACACUCCAGCACGUGGAGCUGGAGGCAGCCAAGAGCCUGCACUGAGUGGAAUUUAUGUUCAUUUUUUGGCCUGAUGGGAAGCAAGAGAAACCUGAUGCUAUUAAAACCUGAGAAGGUGAGUGAGGAUCCUUUUGAUUAGCUCCAGGCUCUUGGCUCUCUCCCUAUGCUUCCCAGCAGCUCUUCUCCACCUGGGAUAAAAUUGGAGGGACAUUGAACAAUUGUGGCCUUCUGAGAGGAGGGGUUGGGAGUGCUGGUUUCAAUCCAAGCUGUGUUUGGGAUGUGGGCACAGUGACUUGCAAGCUGUGAAGGCUGCAGGUCUCACUGGGCUGGGAGAGAAUCCAGAUGUGAUUUGGACACUAGAUGGAGACAAGAGGGUUGAGGAUUGACAGAGGAGCAGGAACGCUGUUCCCCAGCAGCAGGUGGAAGAUCCAGCAAGGCAAGUCGUCAGCAAAUGGGGGAACUGCCCUGGAAUCUAGGCAGAGAGCUCAACCAGUGCAAUCUUGGAGAGCUGGAGUCCUUGAAAGAUGAAGCCUCUUAAAAAAAAGGAGAGAUUUUAUCUGAAAAUCAAGUUGGCAGUGGCCUGUGUGGCCAGGAUUGGCCAUUGCUCAGGGUCCAAGGAAUCAGUGGGGGAAACUAGAGCCCAUCUCAUCAGCCACACUUUCCUGCCCCACACUGGCCCAGGUUGUCACCAAGGGCUUCCAGGAGGUCAGAACUGACACUUCCUUGCUAUUUACACACGAGGACAAUGUUGGUUAAGUAUAAAUGAGUUAUUUGCAUUUUGUUCCAUGAUUCUCACUCACAUUGGUGCUUUACUGUUGCCCUGUCGUCUUGUUCUGCCAGAGCUGUACAGCCCAAGCAAGAGAGCAAAACGUGCUCUGUUACUGCUGGAACUAGUGCUCACGUGGAAAAAACCCCACAUUAAAUCUGAAUAAAAUGAGGUGGGGGAAAUGUCGAGUUGUUUCCUCCCUCCAGAUCCA